GGAACAUGUUUUGCGGGUCCAGUUUUCAGCCCAGAGAGACAAUAGACUGGAGUCCUGAAACAAAUCUCCGCAGACCGUCUGUUGGGAAAAAAGCACCCGGAGUCCUACAAGAAUCUUCAGGGGAAAUAAUAAUAUUAAUAAUAAAAUCUGGAUCGUAAAGGUGAAAGUUUUAUUUUUGGGGGAGAAAACCAAAACCCCCCCAAGCUACCCCCUCCCCCAGACCUCUCACUUUGGAAGAAACCACCCAAACCAUGAGGGCCGUCUCUGGGGCGUUGGAAAGAGGAUGUGGGAGCGAACCAGUUCUUCUCCUAUCUCCACCGCUGCCUCGUAUUUGCUGGACCAGACAUCUGAGAACUGGUCAGCUUCCAAUAGACAGCUGGAAAGGGCCUGUCACGUGGCCUUCGGGUGCCAAUGUUCUGCCAUAGGGGUGUCAAGACCCUGGUAGCUGGAAAAAUCCUUUUGGGGAGUCCCAGAGAUGCAGAAGACAACAUACUACGACAGCUCCACACUCUUUGGGGGUUACUCCUACGGGAGUGCCAAUGGAUUCAGCUACGAGGGUCCCCAACAGUCCUUCCAGGCAGCUUCUCAUGUGGAGAACGACUACCAGAGGUCUGCCUGUUCCCUCCAGUCUCUUGGCAACACAACCCCACACGCAAAAAGUAAAGACCUGAAUGGGAGCUGCAUGCGUCCAAGUUUGCCCCAGGAGCACCAUCCACCUCCCCCCGUCUCACCAACCCCGAACCCUGCCACCAACAGCACCAGUAGCAACAGCAAUAACCAGUCGGGGAGCAAUAAAACUGCCCCCAGCAAAGCCAACCUCAGUGCAAAUGCCAGUCUCACCAAGCAGAUUUUCCCCUGGAUGAAAGAAUCAAGGCAAAACUCCAAACAGAAAAACAGCUCCCCUAGCACAGCAGAAACCUGCAGUGGUGAGAAAAGCCCUCCAGGCUCCUCAGCCUCCAAGAGAGCCCGCACAGCCUACACCAGUGCUCAGCUGGUGGAGCUGGAGAAGGAAUUCCACUUCAACCGCUAUCUGUGCAGGCCCCGCCGCGUGGAGAUGGCCAACCUGCUGAACCUCAGUGAGAGGCAGAUCAAGAUCUGGUUCCAGAACAGGAGAAUGAAGUAUAAGAAAGAUCAGAAGUCAAAAGGCAUGGGGUCUUCUUCUGGAGGACCUUCCCCCACUGGCAGCCCGCCUCAGACCAUGCAAUCUUCCGCUGGAUUUAUGAACGCCUUGCACACCAUGAGCAGUAACUACGAUGCCCCCUCGCCACCUUCCUUCAAUAAACCCCACCAAAAUGCCUAUGCCAUGUCAACUAGCUACCAAAACCCCAUCAAAGGCUGCCCCUCCCAACAGAAAUAUGCCAACACGGCCCCCGAGUAUGACCCCCACGUCUUACAAGGGAAUGGAGUGGCCUACGGGACCCCCAGCAUGCAGGGCAGCCCCGUCUAUGUUGGAGGUAACUAUGUGGAUUCUAUGCCCACCUCUGGUCCAUCCCUUUAUGGUCUCAAUCACCUGCAACAUCACCAGGCUGCCAACAUGGACUACAACGGGCCUCCGCAGAUGCCUCCGAGCCAGCACCACGGACCAUGUGAGACUCACCCCACCUACACAGACCUUUCUACACACCACACUUCUUCUCAGGGCAGAAUCCAAGAGGCGCCCAAGCUGACCCACCUGUGAUAGAGAGCAGGGACAGGCUCAGGUGAAGCAGAUGGGACCCCAUCACAGGGCAUAGGAGAGGGGAAAAGGGCAGGAUCAUCUUCAGGAACUUUUGUGUUGAGCUAUUUUUUUUCUUUCUUUGACAGGGCAAUUUCUACCAGGUUGUUGUGCUUGCUAUUCUUAUUUGUGGGUUAUAUCAA